UCAAUUUGCAAAUCAAUUAUCCGUCAAAUAUUUCCUGUACAAAGGUGCAAAGUUGUAUUAUGCUAUUUGUGCAAAUAACAUCCUAAAAUGGGCAUGGUUUUAAGUGUUGUAUCUAAUUUAUUAUAUUUUUCUGAAAAGAUUACGGUAUGCCUCGCAUUAACUGCAUUAGUGUGCUGCAUCAUAUUAACUAUAAUCUUAGUGCUGGGAUUCGGUAUCGGUUUAGUGCCAGCUCGCUCAGUAAGAUCAGAAUGGCCAGGCUCUGAUCGACGUCGUAAAACGGAGUUCAAAGGAUUUGAUUAUGAAAUGUUUAGAAGACCUAAUAAUUCAAUGGAGGUUUCUUCAACAUAUACUAUUCCUGAAGUUACGGAAUCAACAAUUGCGACAGAAUCUACGAAUUCUACAACCUUACCUACGAAUUCCUCUUCUACCAUUACAAUCCUAUCAAAGCAAGAAUAUGGGCCACCCACAAUGAUCAUACCAAUAAAUGGACUUGAUCUUAUUGCGCUGCUGUCGCGUCUUAGGGCGGAAAACAGAAACUAUUCAUUGCAAAUUGUGACCUCAUAAUUUUACUUAAUGUUUAAGAAGUUUCUAGUAAUUUAUUUUAUAUUGAGAUAUUUUGUUUC